AAAAAGGAGAAAAAGAAAAAAAAAAACUCUAUUCUCUUCUCUCAUAUGCAUACUGUAUCGAAACGCGGUUACGGUUCGGGAUUGCAUUCUUCGGCCUGGAGUUUUAUCUCAUGUUUUUGUGAUUCGUCGGAUAAGGUUACCUCGAAACCGUCGAGCUCGAGCUCGGUUUCGCGGUGGGGAUCGUCGCCGUGGUGGCGGUCGAGGCUGCGGCGGACAAAGCGCACCGUGCCAGCGGAAAACGCGGCGGCGGUGGCUGCAACGCGCGGCAGGGGAACCGCACGGUGGAGGAGAUUCUUCGAAAGGUCUCGUAAGAAGAACCAACACCAGCGCCAACAACAACAGGAUCCAAAAGACCCGGUCCACGCCACCGUGGACCGAACAAUGCGCCCGGUCCACCACGUGGCAUCCAGGUGCACCGCCGGAAACAGUGAGCCCUCGCUGCUGUACAGCAUGGUGGACCCGGUCCAUGCCCGGAUGCUGACGACGAGCCAUCGCACCUCACCGGAGCACGGCGGACGACGUCUAUAUCGGCUGUAUGAGAAGUUAGGGUUUUGCGGAGAGCUCGACGCCUCCGCGGGCCUCCCCGUGCUCGCGGUGGUGCUCGCGGUGAUGCUGCUGUGCGGCCGGCUAUGCGCGGUGUUCUGCAUGGCUGCGUGGUUCUACGUGCUGCCGCGGUUUAGGUUGCCGGAGUCGGCGACCGGUAGUAGUAGUAGUACUAUGACAAGCGAAACGAAUAGCAAAGCGGCGAUCGCAGACGUCGACUCCGAGGAGUACAAGAAAAUGGUGGUGUUGAAGGGUUUUCUUGAGCGAGACCCGCGGCGGCCACCGAUGGCAAGCUCGCUCUCGUCGCACGCAUGACUAUUACUUCUGAGUUACGCAGUUUUUAAUUAUAUUUUUUUCUCUUAUUUGUUUUUGGCUCAAUAUUGUUGCAUUUUUGGCUAAUGUAUAUUUUUAUUACAAGAUGUUGUGAUUGAGAGGCUGAGACAAAUCAACAAAUAGGUUCACAAAUAUGUAAAAGGUUAUAUAUAUACAUGUAAAUAUGUAAUCGAAAAUUAACAAAAUAAUAACAUAAGAGAGACUCCC